UCUGCUCGAUCCCAUUCCCCGUCGCCCAGAUCCCCAGCCUCAGUUCCACCCAGCGGUUCCCCAUCACCACCCCCCGGCUUUCCUCACAGUAGACAAUCCCUUAUGAGCUGGUCGGCUGUGGUUUCACGUCAAUUUGGGGGCUACUAAGAUGGGUCAGGAGCUGGGCACAGAGAAGCUUGGAUCAAACUUAACGGUUGAUGACAUAGCAAGCGCUUUCUAUUUCUCCCUCCUGCUCUCCCCUGUCGUCUCCUACUGGGACUGCAUCUUCCGCAAGAUAAGAUACUCAUUCAGACCUGAGUGGGUGUAGCAUUCUGCAGCUACCGCUUCAGCACUAGUAGUUGGUCAGAUAAAGGAAGUCAACAGGCCCUUAGGAAAGAGCAUCUAGACUACAAGAGUCCAAUAAUUAUGAGCUUUGGAGAUUUUGGUUUUCAGUAAUUAUAACUAGUAGAGGAGUUUAGCUGAGAUAGUCAAUAGCAGACAGGCAGGCACAGACAGUUGCCAUGGAAAAGGGUGCUAGUAACCAAGCAGGCAAGGUCUCGAAGAAGGGAAAGAAGAAACAAGCCAAGGAUGAACUGGACCGGCAGAAACAGGCCGAGAAGAAGAGGCGGCGGCUAGAGAAAGCGCUCGCAAACUCUGCUGCCAUCAUCUCGGAGCUGGAAAAGAAGAAACAGAAGAAGAGAGAGGAACAGGAAAGGCUGGACGAGGAAGGUGCUUCGAUAGCUGAAGCAGUUGCUCUUCACGUCCUCAUAGGUGAGGAGGACUCCGAUGAAUCCCGCCAUCUGAUACUAAACAAGCACAGAAGAUGCAACGACUGGGACCCCUCAGCUGGUUUUGAUUUCACCCUGGACGCUCAAGGCACUGAUGAUAUCUAUUCUCCUGGUGGACUUACCUGCGCCAAUCAUGCUUAUGCUACCAAGGGGAGGUGGAUUGACUGGGACAAGGCCCAUCCACUCCCAACCUGGGGAGAAGUCAGGGAACUGAAAGCGUCAUACUACCAGGGAACAUUCCACCAGUCGGUUGCCUGCCCAGGUUUCAUGGCGGCCCAGGCGGUCUCGUCGCUGCAGAUCCGAGAAGAUUCCUCGAGCCAGGGAGUAGCUGCAGCCAGCGUCGUUAAUAGGAUGCUUGGUGGUGGCACCAACAGGCUCAGCCUUUACAGAGAGAUAUAAAAAGAAAGUAUACACCCUGCCAUAUAGUAUUUUUUGUAUAUAGUCACCAAAGGAGUGCUGACUCUUUAGCCUGCAUGCAGUUGUUUCUGCUAUCAGAAGAACCUGAUAGUAUACUGUUUGUUUUCGUUGGUCUGAUAGGAUAUACUUUGCGUCUAUUAUCGGUAUUGUAAUGAAUCAUCGUAUUGUUUUGAUUCUCUGCUUGUUUUCUUACAGAAUAUAAGUCCAGCCUUUUGCA